AUGGGCGUUCGGGAGCCCGCGCCGGGCUCUCCCGGGACCCGCCAGCAGAGGGCGCUGUGGGGCAGCGGGCAGCGCCGUCCAGGCUGCAGGAUUCCCGCCGCGCGGCCGCCACCUCCCGCAGCCGGGCUGGCCCGAGAUCACACGGGCCCCCCCGCCAGGGAGACGGAGCGGCUGGAUCCUCGACUCCAGAAUGGAGUUUUAAACGAGGGUCGAGGGGAUGCCCACGUGGAAAGUGGCGCAGCGAGACUGACCAAUCGCUGCCCGAAGAUGAAGGGUCUGUGGGCUGUGUUGGUGGUCUCCCUCCUGGCAGGAUACCACGCGGAAGCGGAGCCCGAGCCAGAAGUUCAAGCUGGACUUGAGCAGCCUGGUUUGCAGGGCAACCAGCCCUGGGAGCAGGCCAUGGGCCGCUUCUGGGACUAUCUGAGAUGGGUGCAGUCGCUGAGUGGGGAAGUGCAGGAGGAGCUGCUCAGCACUCAGGUCAUCCAGGAGCUGACGACGCUGAUGGACGAGACCAUGAAAGAACUGUCAGCCUACAAGGCAGAGCUGAAGACCCAGCUAGGACCAGUGGCCGAGCAGACGCGGGUGCGCCUGGCCAAGGAGCUGCAGGCGGCCCAGGAUCGCCUGGCGGCUGACAUGGAGGACGUGCGCAACCGCUUGGUGCAAUACCGCAGUGAGGCGCAGACCGUGCUGGGCCAGAGCGCCGAGGAGAUGCGCGCACGCUUGGCCUCCCACCUGCGCAAGACGCGCAAGCGUCUGGUGCGCGACUUUGAGGAUCUGCAGAAACGCCUGGCCGUGUACCGCAACGGGGCUCUCGAGGGCGCAGAGCGCAGCGUGAAUGCCUUCCGCGAGCACGUGGGGCCUCUGCUGGAGAAGGGCCGCACACGCGCUGCCACCGUGGGCACCCUGGCCGGCCAGCCUCUGCGCGAGCGUGCCCAGGCCUGGGGCCAGCAGCUGCGCGGACGGCUUGAGGAGGUGGGCAGCCGGGCCCGUGACCGCUUCGAUGAGCUACAGGAGCAGAUGGAGGAGGUGCGCCUAAAGGUGGAGGAGCAGGCCACCCAGAUGCGCCUGCAGGUCGAGGCCCUGCAGGACCGCUUAAAGAACUGGUUCCAGCCCCUGGCGGAAGACAUAAAGAGCCAGUGGGCCAGCCUGGUGGAGAAGGUGCAGACGGCAGUGAACACCAAGUCAACUGCUGAGCCCAGCGAGAAGUACUGA